ACUCCGCGCACACUCGCACCGAUGCGCGGCUCCUGGGACGAGUCCACGACGGCGGCGCUCCACGCGCGCAUACUGGAGGCGCAUCGCGGGCCCGCGCACGACCGUGCCGCCGAGCCCGCGUGCGACCCGCCCGCGCCUCUCACCAUCAACUCGCUGGAGCUGGCGGCGCCGACGCCGCUGCUGCCGCUCCCAACCCUGUCGUUCAGCGCCUCGCAGGUGGCGACGGUCUGCGAGACCCUGGAGGAGAGCGGAGAUGUCGAAAGACUGGCCAGGUUCCUCUGGUCCCUGCCGGUGGCCCAUCCCAACGUCGCCGAGCUGGAGAGGUGUGAGGCGGUCCUAAGAGCGAGGGCCGUGGUCGCGUUUCACGCGGGAAGGCACCGGGAGCUCUACUCGAUCCUCGAACGACACCGGUUUCAGCGGUCCAGCCACGCGAAAUUACAAGCUCUAUGGCUGGAAGCACACUACCAGGAGGCCGAGCGCCUGCGUGGGCGCCCGCUCGGCCCCGUCGACAAAUAUAGAGUACGGAAGAAGUUUCCACUGCCGAGGACUAUCUGGGACGGCGAGCAGAAGACGCACUGCUUCAAGGAGCGAACGAGAUCACUUCUGAGGGAGUGGUACCUCCAGGACCCCUACCCGAACCCGACGAAGAAACGGGAGCUAGCGGCGGCGACGGGUUUGACGCCAACGCAAGUAGGAAAUUGGUUCAAAAAUCGUCGGCAGCGAGACCGGGCGGCAGCCGCCAAGAAUCGGUCGGCCGUGCUAGGCCGAGGGUUCGCGUCCUCCUCCACCUACGACGAGGACUCCGCCGACUCCGAGAUCAACGUGGACGAGGAGUAGCGGACCGUCAGUGUAAAUACGUGAUAAACACGGCCGAGAGCCAGUGAGGUUGCAAUAUCUCUCAUAGUUAGUCUGUAUGUGUUGUUGGUCGCGAUAGCGUAUUGAGUGAGUGCUUCGGGAGUAUCGAGCAGGUACGUACCACAGUAUUAGUCUGGAGUCGCUUGGGGCUAGUGUUACUUUCGAG